AAUCCAGAAGGGCGGACAUCAAAACGGGCCCAAUAACGAACACGACCGGUCCCACGAGCAAUGGAGCCAGAGAGAUCCCCACGAAGAGUGACGCGAGAGCGGCGUGAAGGACCUGCGCCGUCGACGCGAUGGCGAGAUGCGGCUACCUCGAAGUGGAGGCGACGAUUGAGAGCGCAGACAGGGGAGGAGGGGAACUUCAUGAUGUGGUCCGUCCAGUCGAUUACAAUCGCCGGUUGUUCCGACUCUGCCAGAGCCUGUUUUGUCCGGAUUUUAUCGCACUCUUUGGAGAUUCGCCUCAUCUCUCGCCACUCUCAGACGCAGAAGACGAAGAGUGGCAAUCGGCGAUUGUAAUCGGCAGGUCCAUCCUGCGUUCAAAGUCUGCGUCGCCGGGGCUUAAUUUCUCCAGAUCUGAUACACUUUCUCUAAAGGUAAUUUCCCGGAGCUCGAUACUACAUUGAUCGCUUUAUUAAGCAUAGUGGAGCAUGGUGAGCUGUAGCUGUGAAAUGAUUAGAACCUACAUAUGGGGUUUAGGUAAAGUGAAGCCAUCGGUCGAGCUGAAUGCUUCGUCGAUCGCGUGAUUAAUCGCAGUAAAAGCAUGGUGACUUCGGGCACUAAAAUGAUUACGCUUAUUGGUGCUGUUGAUUUUGUGAAAUCACCGGAAAGCUGGUUACAUCAUCCUCAAGUGAUGCUUUUGAGUCAAGCGUGACUAGUUUCGAUGACUUGUGCGGUUUUGGUAGGCAAGGGUGACGGUGAAGAUGUCUCAAGCACGAUCCGCAAAAUGCUGGGGGCUGUCAAGGACCACACAAGCAUCGACCUCGCGAAGGUCGCGGGCAACAUGGCGCAAGAGGCCAAAGUAGAUAUCGUGAAAGCCACGAGCGACGAUGAUGAUCCUGUGGAUGAGAAAUACAUUCGUCGGACCUUGAAUUUGGCUUCAUACUCGUGCGGAUACGUUCUUGCGUGUGUUUCUGCGCUUUCGAAGCGACUGAGCAAGACCCACGACUACGUUGUGGCUCUCAAAUCCCUAAUAGUCAUCCAUCGUUUGUUGAAUGAUGGAGACCCAAUUUUUCGCGAGGAGAUAACGUAUGCGACCGGGCAUGGUGCUAGGUUGUUGAAUUUGUCUGAUUUUAGAGAUGAGGCUCACUCGAGUUCAUGGAACCACUUGGCUUUUGCGCGGACUUAUGCUAUGUAUUUGGGUCAGCAACUCGAGUCGAUUCUGUUUGAUAGAAAGAGCGGCGGCGGUCCUAGUGGAAGUGUUAAUGGUGGUGGUAGUGUUUACAAUGAGGAUAGGUAUGGGAAUCGAGAUGAUUUUCGGUCCCCACCACGGGAAUGAUUAUGAUUAUGGUGAUUAUAGAGGAGAAUAUGGUAAUUUUGGGGGGAUGAGAAGGUCAAGGUCAUAUGGGGAUAUGAGCGGUGGUGUGGCUGUGAAAGAAGGGAAAGAAGAUAGAAGGGUAGUGACUCCACUGAGGGAAAUGAAGCAAGAAAGGAUUUUAGACAAAAUGGGCCACUUGCAAAGGCUAUUGGACUAGUUCUUGGUGUGUAGGCCCACUUGUCUGGCGAAG